AUGCAAAUUUUUGUUAAAACACUUACUGGAAAGACCAUUACUCUUGAAGUAGAAGGUUCUGAUAAUAUUGAAAAUGUAAAGGCUAAAAUUCAAGACAAAGAAGGUAUCCCACCAGAUCAACAACGUCUUAUUUUUGCUGGUAAACAAUUGGAAGAUGGUCGUACUCUCUCUGACUAUAACAUUCAAAAGGAAUCCACUCUCCAUUUAGUACUUAGAUUAAGAGGUGGUAUGCAAAUCUUUGUAAAGACCCUCACCGGUAAGACUAUUACACUCGAAGUUGAAGGUAGUGACAACAUUGAGAAUGUAAAAACAAAGAUUCAAGAUAAAGAAGGUAUUCCACCAGAUCAACAACGUCUCAUUUUCGCUGGUAAACAAUUAGAAGAUGGUCGUACUCUCUCUGAUUACAAUAUCCAAAAAGAAUCAACUCUCCACUUGGUCCUCAGAUUAAGAGGUGGUAUGCAAAUCUUUGUCAAAACAUUAACUGGUAAGACCAUCACUCUUGAAGUUGAGGGCUCAGAUAAUAUUGAAAAUGUUAAAACAAAGAUUCAAGACAAAGAAGGUAUCCCACCAGACCAACAAAGAUUAAUUUUCGCUGGUAAACAAUUAGAAGAUGGUCGUACUCUCUCUGAUUACAACAUUCAAAAGGAAUCCACUCUCCAUUUAGUCCUCAGAUUAAGAGGUGGUAUGCAAAUUUUUGUCAAAACCCUCACUGGUAAGACUAUUACACUCGAAGUUGAAGGUUCUGAUAACAUUGAGAAUGUUAAAGCCAAAAUCCAAGACAAAGAAGGUAUUCCACCAGAUCAACAACGUCUCAUUUUCGCCGGUAAACAAUUGGAGGAUGGUCGUACUCUCUCUGAUUACAACAUUCAAAAGGAAUCCACUCUCCAUUUAGUUCUCAGAUUAAGAGGUGGUAUGCAAAUUUUUGUAAAAACUCUCACUGGUAAAACCAUUACACUCGAAGUUGAAGGUAGUGACAACAUUGAGAAUGUAAAAACAAAAAUUCAAGACAAAGAAGGUAUCCCACCAGAUCAACAACGUCUCAUUUUCGCCGGUAAACAAUUAGAAGAUGGUCGUACUCUUUCUGAUUACAACAUUCAAAAGGAAUCAACACUCCAUUUAGUUCUCAGAUUAAGAGGUGGAAAUUAA